AUGAAUUCCCUACGCAACAGUACACCAUAUCACAGCCUUGCGGUCGACCAUGAGGACGCGCAAGCAGAUGCGACUGAUAUUGCUAAAUCACCCUCACCCGAAAAUGCCCAGCCUACCCCCAACCCACCCCAUACCUAUUCUCAGCAAUGGAAAACAAAACUCCGCUCCUUCACCCAGUGGGUGUUGACCCCCCUCGGCUUCCUAAUAACCCUCUACGGCCUCAACAUCAUCGCCUGGGGCGGAAUGCUCUUCCUCCUCCUCUGCAACGCCGCGCCGCAAAUGUGUACCGCAGAUUGCAAUAGUCCCGACUCUGCCCGGAGAAUCUGGAUCGAGAUUGACUCGCAGAUCCUUAAUGCGUUGUUCUGCGUUACGGGGUUUGGGCUUGCGCCCUGGAGAACUAGGGAUGUGUAUUUGUGGUCGUGCUGGCGGUUGGGUACGAGACAACGGAUACGCGAACGGGGGUUGGAGCGACUUGCAAAGGUUCACGCGAAUUGGUUUGUGAAAAAUACGGAGGGCAAUCUGCUACCAGUAUCAGAUAACAACAACAUGGACGACCAGUGCGAGACUCGGAGUCGAGACCGAGGAAGCGGGACACCGACCGCAACAUGGAAACUCGAUAUCGUCGUCUGGGGCAAUAUGCUCAACACGGUCUUCCAGAUCUGCCUUGCUGUGUGCAUGUGGGCUAUGAACCGGUUUACGCGACCUAGUUGGACCACAGGGCUGUUUGUUGGGUUGGCGUGUGGUGCGGCUGCUGUGCCGGGGAUUGUCAUGUGGUUGGAGAAGAAGAGGGUGAAGAAGGAGAGUGAGCAUCCGGGGGCUCUUUUGCUGGUGCCUCGUAAUGCGGGUGGGAAGGUGCCUGAUCAGACGGUUCGUUAA